AUGAUUCCGGGAGACGGUGGCAGUCAGAUCGAUGCGAAGCUGGAUAAGGCUGAAGUUCCCCAUUAUUUUUGCGAUAAGAAAACCGAUGAAUACUUUAACCUAUGGCUAAAUUUGGCACUUUUGGUGCCAUUUGUGAUCGACUGUUGGAUCGAUAAUAUGAAACUCGUUUAUGACAACACAACCCGAACCACAUCUAACUCUAUUGGCGUUGAGACCCAAGUGCCCGGUUUGGGCAAUACAUCGACCGUCGAGUACGUAGACCCGAGUCGAGUACCCGUUUCCGGUUAUUUCAAUAAUCUCGUCGCACAACUCGUGAAGUUUGGUUAUGAGAGAGGAGUGACACUCAGAGGAGCCCCGUAUGACUUCCGCAAAGCCCCGAAUGAGUUGUCCGAUUACUUGGAUCAGGUGAAGGCAUUAGUUCAGGACACUUACGAGAAGAACAAUAAGACAAAAGCUAUUCUAUUGUGUCAUUCAAUGGGAUGUCCGACAAUGUUAUACCUAUUGAAUAGUCAAACGCAACGGUGGAAAGACAAGUAUGUGAAGUCAUUGGUAACGCUGGCGGGUCCGUGGGGUGGGGCCGUCAAGUCGCUCAAGGCUUUCGCUUCGGGAGACAAUUUCGGUGUUGUCGUCGUUCCCUCUCUUACUAUACGCGAAGACGAGCGAACUUUUCCGAGUUUGGCGUAUCUUUUGCCCAGCGAUAAGGUAUGGGAAGCCGACGAAGUGCUGAUGGAGUCAACGCUCAGGAACUAUACGGUCAGUAAUUACAGAGAUUUUUUUGAAGACAUCAAUUAUAUGACGGGUUAUAAUAUGUGGCUCGACGUCCGGAAUCUGACAUAUAAUAUGACACCUCCGGGCGUCGAAGUGCAUUGUCUUCACGGCCACGGACUCGACACUAUGCAUAAACUGGUCUACAAUAAGGGCAAGUUUCCCGACUCUCAGCCGCAUGUGGUCUACGGUGACGGCGACGGCACUGUUAACGUCAAAAGUCUCAACGCAUGCCUCCAAUGGAAGGGAAAGCAGAAGCAAAACGUCUUUCACCAAAGUUAUGUCAAUUCGGAUCAUAUGCUUAUAAUGAGUGACCCAAGAGUACUGUAUAUAAUAACAACAGAUCCCAAUCGACAGAAUCCCAUUCGCGUCAAUGGCUGGACAUAUCCUUUCCAUUGGCUUCAAAUCAUUGCAUGGAUUUUCUAUUUGCUUAUGAGUUUGAUUUGUUUCACAUUCAUUGUGCCCACACUUCCCAACACAACCAUCAGAUGUGUAGUACUUGGGAUCAAAGUAUUUCUAUUUAUCGUGCAUUUUAUAACCCAUGUGUUUGCGGUGACAAUAAAUCCUGUGGACAAUAAUGUUGCCGAGAAAUUAGACGCGAGCCGAGACCGGCCAAAGUUUGACCGCUCGAAGCACUCGCAUGUCAUUGAAAACCAGUUCUGUUACAUAUGCGAGACGACCGUCGGCUCUAAGUCCAAACACUGCAGUCUCUGUAAUAAAUGUGUCUCAGAAUUUGAUCAUCACUGCAAAUGGCUUAACAAUUGUGUCGGCGGCAAGAAUUAUAGAUGGUUCAUAUACUGUGUAGUGUCUGCACUCUUAGGAUCGGUAGUCAUUUUCAUCAAUUGUCUCGUCUUAACGAUUGCAUAUUUUUCAGCCGACAGUUGGCUUUACCAAUGUAUGGGGCUUUCAACGUACGAAUUCGUGGUAAAUCACCGCAAAGACAAACCAAAGAAGUCAUUGAUGUCCGGAAUGCUCAACGAUUCCGAACGAAACAAAUUAGUUAACUAUUUAACACGUCUACAGAAAUUGAUGGCAAUUGUUGUUUGCACUAAAAAACGGGUCAAACCAUCGGAUAUCGCAGAUAUCAAUAGUCCUAAUCAUAUGAAACGCUCAAAAGACCAACAAUUCAUCGAAUCCGUGGUUAAAGACGUGACGAACGGAGAAAAUGGUGAGACAUUUGAGAUCUCGGAUGUCAUGAAAAGUAUAGAAAAUUCAAAUAACGAAAUGAAAGCCAAAAAUGAAACCAUGUUUUCGCCUCAAAAAAGUGGUCAACAAAUUGAAAGACAAUUAAACGAAUUAAACAAAAACAAUGAAAAAUUUGUUAAGAAAAUCAACCCAGAAAUCGAUACAACGACUGCCAGUCCUAAAGCAAAGACAUCGCCGGAAGCGGGAGUUGUGUCGGAUGGCAGCGAUGGUGUGGCCAAAAGUGAGCCUAUAUUUAAGCCAUUGAACGAGAGUCUUGACGAUAGCGGUCGCACGAGUCGACUGUCAUUCGUGAAUAAAAGUGAUUUCAUUGUGCCGUCGGUUUGGUCGGAGUCGGGCUUCGCGUCCAUCCCUUCCAACCAAUUGUACAUUCGUUACAAUACUUAUAAACAAAACGAUAAUAACGUUAGACUCAAUCGAUUGCAUCGAAAGCGACAGCAAAUCAAUCAUGAAAUGAAUGCAAACAAUGAUAACACAAACACUAUUACCACUAAUGCAUGAAAUAAAUCAAUUGAAGUGCAAUUCAUAUCCAAAUUAAAUGUCUUUUAAUAGUGAACUAAAACU